AUGGAUCUUUCUCCACUUCAUGAAGCUUUGUUUGCCGGUGAUGAUGAAAUUGAGAGGGGGUUCCCCGACGAGGAGCUUGAGUGUGGGAGUAAGAGGGUGAAACCUGGUCAUCCUGUUGAUGAGUCAGAGUUUGAUCCAAACUUCCUACUCUUUUUGAAGGAGUACCAUCCUAAAUUCACUCCUAAUAUGAUCAAUGCAAUGAAGAAAUUGGUGAAGUUUAACAUCGAUUUAACAGCCGAAGAGCUUAAUCUCCUUUCAACAGCAUACAAGAAAGUGAUCGAGCCAAAGAGAGAAUCAUGGAAACUUCUCUCAAAAACUGAGCAGGAAGAGGAUACAAUAUACAAAGACGAGACGUACAUAAAGUGUAUUCAAGAUUAUCGUAAUAUAGUCGAGUCGGACCUUGCUAACAUUUGCUACAACGUUAUAACUCUAAUUGAUGAUCAUCUCCUUCCUUUCGCGUCUAGCACUGAAUCCUCCGUCUUUUACUUAAAGAUGAAAGCGGAUUAUUACCGAUAUAUGGCCGAAAUCAAAACUGGUGAUGAAAAAACAUUAGUCGCUGAAGAAUCGUUGAAAACAUAUAAGGAAGCAAUGGCCAUAGCAGGAGUUCAAUUUUCACCUAUUCAUCCAACACGUCUAGGCUUGGCAUUAAAUUUUGCCGUUUUCAACUACGAGGUUUUAAAUUCUUACCAAAGGGCAUAUCAAUUGGCGAAGAAUGCUUUUGAUGAUGCUAUGUUAGAGCUGGAUGAUUUAGGCAGCAAGGCUUAUUCGAAAGACAUCAAGGUUAUCCUGAACCUUUUGAGGGAUAACUUUACACUAUGGAAGAGCGAGAAUGAUCGAUGA